CACAUAGCGUCCCCCUCCUACAGACACAUAUAUUAUAGUCCUAUGACUCGACUUCUUGGGAAAAGCACCACAAAUUUAAUUCCACUUAAAGCAAACUUGUUCAUAUUGUACAUAAAUAAAUGACUUCAGUGUGUGGGAUUUGUUUCAGAGAAAAGUUCAUUUGUGUCACCUAAACCUAAAGUAUCGGAUAAUCAGACAAAUAUUUAUAAACAGUUGGCCAAUUGGUUUGGGAAAUAAUCUCUCAAAUUAAGCCUUGAGGAUCAAUAAUUUAUUUUUGCCAGAGUGGAUUAACCGGAAAUUCUCCGGUCAGGUGGGACGCCUGCAUAAUAAUUGUUCUAAUCUCCUCUUAUCUGCCCCUCGUUGUUGAUUUGAUUUGUUGGAGCUCUUGUACGAAUGGUGUACUCUGAAUCUGAUAUUAUUAACGGAAAUUAAUUAAGUGCAUUCAUGGGGAUGCCUACCACAAAGUCGAUAAAGCAGAAGUUCUUCGGGUGGUCAAAGUCGCAGACGCAGUCUCAAUCGCAGACUCAAAAUGGGAGGAAGAUUAGCCAACAAGUGGAAAAGAUAUUGAAAGAGCAUAACGAAAAUUAUAACAAAAUUAUAAAAAUCCUGCUUUUGGGGUCUGGUGAGACUGGGAAAACGACAAUAAUUAAGCAAAUGAAAAUUUUGCACGUGCAAGGAUUCAAUGAUGAUGAACGACUCGCAUGUCGCGAAAUAAUAAAGGACAACUUGUUCGAAUGCAUAUCAACUUUAGUCACCCAAAUGGCGACUUUGCAGAUAUCUUUGGGGAACAAGAGCAACUUGUCGAGUUGGACUUUUAUACGAAAUAUGACCAUCGCGAAAAAUAAAGAUUUCACACCGGAAUACUUUGGUCAUGUCAAGCGAUUAUGGGAAGAUGCCGGUGUUCAAAAAUGCUUCAACCGGGCAGCUGAAUACCUUUUACCAGAUUGUGCUAAAUUCUUCUUGGACCGAGUUCUAGAAAUUGCGAGUCCAAGCUUUUUCCCGAGUGAUCAGUUCUUGCUCCAUUCCCGAAGAACCACUAUUGGCAUUCAGAAAAUCGAAUUUGAAGUGCCCAUACCUAAAAAGUUUGGUGGAGGUGGACCACAAAAAUUCUGGAUGUUCGAUGUGGGAGGACAGAAAGGUGAGCGUAGGAAAUGGAUUCAGGUUUUCGAUGGUAUCCAAACCGUCCUAUUCAUGGUCGCUUGUAACACGUUCGACCAAGUUCUCGUAGCCGAUGAAGAACGACCCAUCAACAGACUCCAAGAGUCACUCAACUUAUUUCAAGACGUGUGGAUCAGCCGAUUUCUGAGAUAUGCGGGGUUCAUUGUCUUUCUUAACAAACAAGAUCUCCUAAAAGAUAAGAUAAAUGCAGGCAACAAUAUUGGCCAGUAUUUUCCUCAAUACUACACCUAUUCCGUCGAUCCGGAGGAUGGAGACAACAAUGAUACUUACAUUAGAACGCGAUGCUUUAUCCGAGAUCUUUUUCAUCUCGCAACUGACGUUACACCACCCCCAACACCACGCAAAACUACCACACCCACCGUCGGGUUUCAGGAGGAUCACAAAUAUAAAAAGCCACCCAGAGACCAUAGAGAACUGUUCUUUCAUUUCACAACGGCCACGGAUACCAAUAACAUAAAACUGGUGUUUGUGGAUGUUCAUAGUAUGAUACUUAAUCAGAACUUGAGGGAAAUUGGGUUCGCGUGAGGGCACUUCGUAUUUUUUAAACGAUAAUAAUAAAUUUUCAUCUCUAGAUCUAAUUUACUAAAAAAUGAAUAAAUGAGCUACAAUGAAUUUUUAGACUAACUUUUCCAAGCAAUAAUAAAAUGUACGUGUUAUAUAUCGCUUUAAAA